ACUCCAGCUUCAAAUCGCUCUACGCACACGACCACAUCCCUCUCCCUUCCCUCGCACGCCGUCUGCUCCUUCGCUUUCGCAUUCAAUUACACACCUGCGAUCCCCCCGCAAUCGCAUACGUCGUUGAAGUUUGGGUGUCAACGCUUUGGACAAGUCAUGGGGUCAACACUUUCAUCACCAGCCACAGAGAAGAAUUCAGAAUCGGGAGAAGACGCCCGGUUCGCAUAUGGAGUCACGGAGAUGCAGGGAUGGCGAGUCACCAUGGAGGACGCACACGCGGUUGCCCUCCGAUUGGACGAGGGAGAGGAAACUAACUCUUUUUUUGCCGUGUACGACGGACAUGGUGGUGGAACGGUGGCCAAGUUUGCCGGCCAAAAUGUUCACCAACGGCUAGUCAAGGAGGAGUCAUAUCGUGAGCAGAAAUAUGAGGAAGCCAUGAAGCGGGCGUUCCUGGGAACGGACGAGGAUAUUUUGGCCGAUCCUGCAAGCGCUAAGGACCCUUCCGGUUGCACGGCGGUGGCAGCAUUGAUCACGAAAGAAAACAAAAUCUACGUUGCCAACGCAGGUGAUUCGCGAGUUGUGAUCAGCGUCAAGGGUCAGGUGAAAGCGUUGAGCGACGACCAUAAACCUCAGAAUGCUACCGAGAGUGCGCGCAUUCAAGCUGCUGGUGGCUUCGUCGAGUACGGUCGCGUAAAUGGCAAUCUUGCUCUCUCGCGAGCCAUCGGCGACUUUCAAUAUAAGAAAAACCUUUCCAUUCCGCCAGAGAAUCAAAUUAUCACCUCCAAUCCCGAAAUUAUGGUUCACGAUAUCACAGAAGAGGAAGAAUUUCUUGUCCUCGCUUGCGAUGGAAUCUGGGAUUGUCUCACCUCUCAGCAGGUUGUUGAUGUUGUCCGAUUGCAGGUAGCAGAAGGCACACCUUUGCCAGAAAUCUGCGAGAAUAUCUGCGAACUUUGUCUGUCUCCGGAUACAUCGUCCGGGGCGGGCUUCGGUUGCGAUAACAUGACGAUCAUGAUCGUCGCAUUCUUACAGGGCCAGACCCAGCAGCAAUGGUACGAGAAGAUCAAGGAUCGCGUAGAGCGUAAGUAUGGAUACAGGACGCCAAGUACUCUCCCUUCCCUCUAUUCCCAGAGUCGAUUGCUAGCAUUUAAAGCGAGACGGCAAGCGUUACAACUUCGUGAAGAACGCUUCGCAGAGAUGAAGCGGGGAAAAGAAGCUGAAAAACAGCGGAACUCCUCGUUUCCCACGGUAAACGGACGUCGUGUGGAAACUUACGACUGGGCCGACGGCACUGUCCUCACUGUCACGCAUCUCACCACCGGCUCCUGGAGGCGAUGCAUUUAGUUCAGCCGUCAAGGCGGAAGGUUUCCUUGAUUCAAGCGAAAGCCCGUUGAAGGGGUAAUGAUGAUGGAUUUCUGUGAAACUUACAGUCUUUGUUUAGUAUGUCUCGAAUCUCCUCCUACUCAUGGCCCCCGCCAUUUCCUCUUUCUGGGCCUCGCGCCGACCACAUGUGUUCUAUUUAUUGUCGCGGGGUGUUCGUUGUUGCAUUUGUUACUGUCAUAUUAAGGUCUACCCUUCAUACCACUGUACUUAGUAUUUCGUGCUAGUCUGAUGGAAACAGGUUAGAUGGAAAACAAUUGUCGCACUUGUCUCGUAUUCGUCGUAUCUGAUAAUUGAGCGGCGUCACCCAAAGCGAUGUAUCAUAAGGUAGCACGGAGCACGAUCAUCUCGCUUUCACAAAGACAUAGAAUCAAUGGAUGUCCGGGGCUUCUUUCCAUUGCACCUACGCCGAGCAACGGUCCCGCUGCACCCCCUCCGAUGUGGAGGAUCGCCUGCUUCGCCCAAGUAUCUUUGGGACUGUUUACACGGUAAAUGUACAGGUUUCCACUGUAGUCCGAGCUCCCACCCUCGAAGGCCAGUACCGCUUUGGAGGAAAUAUGAUGGAUGAAGCGCGUGUCGCGCUUGGAAGCCAGCACGAAAGCGAGCGCCGAGAGCGUAGACGUAUGCUUCCAUCCAGGCGCCCCUCCGUCCUCGCCCCCUAAGAGACUAUAAAGGAGCCCGUCGACCGUGCUCUUGACGGCGAGCGAGAUCCCAACGGCCUGGACGCCCGGCAGAGGCGUGGACAGAAUAUUGACGACCUCGCCCUCGCUCUCGCGCGCCCAUGGUGGCGCGCUCCCAUCCGCGUUUACCCAUGUCAGACACGCCGGGAACCCGACCGCAGCAUCCGCCUCGUCGUCGAGCUCGCCCUCCGCGAGACUCGGCACCCCGCUCCCGAGCCCGAGCCCGCUGACGUCCCGCCCCUCCCGCAGCCCAGCGGUGUACUUUUCGAGCGACUCGCGGAUUGCGUAUAGCUCGGAGGGGUCGAGCGUCUCCGGUACGUCCGCGGUGUCGCCCGUGGCGCCCGCGCCCGCGCUUUGU